AUGAAUCUUGUUCUCCCCAACCAUCACCACCCAUUAGGCAACAAACUCUUUGGCCACCAUCCAUGCUGCCGACAUCAUCAGACAUCAAACCCCGCCACUGCAGCAGGGUCCUCGGGAUUAGAGCAUUCCGGAGCUGCAGCUCUUCGCCGCUGCAUUACCGACAACCAGGCUGUACUGUACGAGUACCGAGCAAUACUUGCCUGCGACGUGUCUGAGGCCCGCCCCUUUGGCCGCCAAGCCGAUGAAGAGCCCGAUGGCGAUUCCCAACGAGUCAACGGCGCUGCUGGUCCGCGGCCUUUCCCUGACGAGGCCGGCGACGCAGCUCGCUGCUGCCACGUUGAUGCUCUGUCGCUGGCCUGUCCGGGGAACGUCCAGAUCAGCGCCGUCGCGACCGCCUGGAGGGCGAUGGCAAGCCCUGGUCUGAUGGUAUCAGAUUUCGCUACCGCAAAUCUCUCGCGUGGCGGACGCACCAGACAUGCUAAUUUCUCACCGCCUGUCACUCGAGUUGAGUGGAAUGCCCGGGCCCCUGGCCGCGGCCCUGGUCCAGCAACCCUGCCGUCCGGCUCUGGUUCGUUCGUCCCAACUUGGCUGGGGGCCUCAUGCAGAAGUGCGCGCCAUGGCACCCCGCCCGCUUUCUUCGCAGCCUCUUCCAGCUCGCCUGUCCAAUCAGCUGUUGUUGUCUCAACCGACUUGUCGGGACCCCUCCAUCUCAGGUCCCCCCUCCAUCCCAUCCAGGUUGCAACGCCGUCGAUAGUCAAACCUGCAGUUGGGAAACGGAAACCUUGGGACGACUAG